AUGUCGUAAACGUUAGCGUCGGGCGAGCACAAAUAACUAUCGGCGAUUGAGGUUAAACGCAAAACGUAUUCGGGCGUUAUUAAAGGUUUCGAAUCGCUUUGUUGGAACGACGAUGGUUUAUUCGUGAAAUUUUCGCGCUUUUCGCGUAUUAUACUCAUUUUUCUUGAACGAUUUCGACCAAAAACUUGUUAUAAUCAACUUUUUUUGUUUGUAACAAACUUUUUGACGUUUGACAUUUGACAUUAAACAGAGUGAAUAGAGUUAUUUAGAUUUAGGGUACGUUCAGAUAAAUCGAUAACCUCACUGUUAAAUGUCAUUCAUUUUACAAAGAUGAAACAAGAUUAAAAUGAGAUUCCUUUCAACGAAUAUAGUAAAAACCUUCUCGAAUAAUCUUAAUUUAACCGUUUUGGACGCCCCAAAACUCGUUUCGCACUUCAAAGAGAAGAUUAUUUAUAAGAAAGUUAAUGAUUUAAAUUCUUGGUACACUCGAGUAAUAGGGUUGGAUGAAGUUAAGUUGUAUCAGGAUCGGGUCGUCGAUUUGCAAGAUAAAUUAUUAACAGCCCAAGAACGUAGGCGAGAAAUGGGUUUUGCUUUAUCACUAAUUAGAAAGAAAUCGAACGAAUUACAAGAUAGAUUACACAAAGUUAAACGCCAAGAUGAUUUGCAAUUAUUCUUGGAUUUAAUGCGCGAAGAAACGGAGAUUUUAAAGCAAGAGAGGGAGGUUCAAGACAUGUUUGUGAAUUACGAUAGAGAGGAACGCGAGAUUUUCACUGCUUUUGCAAACGCCAUUCGAGAUUCGCACGAAAAGCAAAGAUCCCAAGUGGAAUACACGAAAUAUUUAGGGUUAAUUUUGAGCAUUUUGGGGUCGUUUUUGGGUUUUGCUUAUUCCAGCAUACGGAAGGAUGAUUUAAAAAAAUUUAUUGAGGGCAAAAUUGAGGAAAUCUCCUCAAAACAACUCCAAAUCGAGGAUGUAACAAGAAAAGGUGAUCAGAAUUAUGCAAAGUUGGUGCAAAAAUUGGAUGAAAAUACAAAUAGGAUACAAAAUGUUGAAAGAAAUGAUUUUAAUGAGGAAUUUAAGGACUUUGUGGAUACUCUUCCUGAUCAAAGUACAAUUAUUCGAUAUACUAUUUAUGCUUUAGUAGGAUACACUAUUUUAAGAAUCAUUAUGUGAGAGUGAGAAAAUUAAAAUAAACAUUAAUAUUAUCA